ACAUGUUGCCAAUGCUGGGAAGAGUAAUUGCUAAUAAAUAGAAAAUUUGAAUGGUCAGUUCGGCAUUCUGCUGAGAGCCUCCGAGUUGUGGGCUUCGAUUUUCACCCAGAGCCGAUUGACACCAAUUCCACCUGGAAGAUCAACAAGAAUACUCAGAGUUGCAUCAAUUGCGUGUGAUUUAUUGGCCAGUGAUUUUAGCCGUUUUGUGCGUGUUUGUUUGUUCUGUGAUAUUAAAUUGUGAAAAUUGUGAGCAGCUCAAGAAAGGAGGAGAAAAAUGCUCAAGUGCAUCAUAUUUAUUUCAUCACUGGCACUGGUGAGCGCCGCCUCGAAGUACUACGACGGGGAGAACAGACCUUAUGAGUUCGGUUUCAACAUCGAGGGAAAUCAGCACCGGCACGAGAAGAAGGACGAGAACGGCAUCAUCAUGGGCGAGUUCGGCUUCAUCACAGCUGAUAACGUCUAUCACGUCACCGUUUACGCCACAGACGCCGACGGACACUUUAAGAUCAUCUCCAUGAAGAACAUUCGGCUGAUGAGCGAACCAAUGGCCAAGAACAUCGCCUCUGCAAUCGCCACGAUGAGAUCCAACUUUGAAUCCUCGAGUCCGCAGCCGCGUCAGCUUGAUUUGGACACUUUGGACAUCACGACGACGCCACAACCCUUUGUGAUCCACUCGACAGCGGCGCCAGCGAGGGAACUGGAAGUGAUGCUGGAUUUGACAACCCCAAAGGCCAGUGACAUCAAAUCCUGCUCCAACUGCAAGAUUCCAGAGCCUCCAGCGCCUGCUGUUCAACCUCAAAAUCAACCCUUGAGUCCCUCCUUCAGCCCCAAUUUGGGCAGAUCCUCUGUGCCGCCUCAAAUGCCACCGCUCAUGAGUGUGAUGGGAAGAUUCCAGUCAACGAAUCCUCAAGUUCCAAGUCAAGCUCCCUCCCUUGGUCCUUCCAAUCUCAACCUGAUGGGAAAUUUCCAGUCAAUGAGUCCUCAAGUUCCAAAUCAAGCUCCUUCCCUUGGUCCUUCCAAUCUCAACCUGAUGGACGAGAACUCCUUUGACGCAGGACAAGGGCAAGACCAGAAUCAGGAUCAGGACAUUCCGCCAAGCUCUGAUCUCUCUCCGCCUCUGGCCACAUCCCAGCCAGCUCAGCAGCCGGCCAAGGAGGACUACUCCUCAGCCGUGAAUGCACUGCCCGAGGGAAGAUCCCUGGCUGACGAUUUCCCCGCGACUUUGACACCGGAGGUCAAAGUCGACGGUGCUUCACCCGAAGACAUGCCCAUCGAGAGCGUUAUGGCGCGAUUCAAAGGCGUGGAAGUACCGCGAAAGCAGCCUGAAGAGCAGCAAUACUACUCGCCGCAGCCGAGAACAUCACCAGACAGUGGAGACAGCGACGCAGACAUGGAGCAAAUGCUGCAGGGUCUCCUCUAUCUCUUCAACUACACCGCUGGCUACCACGGACACAACGAGCAGGGCGAUCGCGAGGGCAACAAGGAAGGUGAAUACUACUUCGUGGACAGGGAUGGCUACCGCAGGAGCACAGAAUACCGAGCCAAUCAGUUUGGCUAUCAACCCAAGUUCAAGCUGGAGAAGGUGCCGGAAGAGGAAACGCCCAGGGAAGAGACGGAGAAGGAAGCGGGACUAAAAGGAUACGAAUUCAAGUGGUUCUACUUGUAAUUAUUAGCCAGCGAAAAGGGGAGAAAAGAUGCGUUUUUCGGUUUGAAUGUAUAAA